AUGUCAUCUGAGUUUUUUUGUAAAAUUUGUGAUAUACCAUGCACUGGUAAAGGACCUUAUGAACAACAUAUAAAUGGUACUAAACAUAAAAAGAAAGCUCAAUUAAAUAGUGGUCAAAUAUCUUCAGAACAAUCUAGUUUAAUAAAUAUUAAAUCAUCUCCAACAACAAAUACUCAAACAUCAUUUGCAGCUACAAGUUAUAAUAGUUCUGAUGAUUCUUCUAUUUCAUCAACAUCGUUUUUAGUUAGUCCAGAAACAAUGCGUAUUUUACUAGAAUGGAAUCAUCCACUUGGUUAUAAACCAUAUUGUGAUAUAUGUCAUUUACCAUUAUAUGGUAAGGAUAAUGCGGAUAUACAUUUUGAUUCAAAUAAUAAAAUUCAUAUUCAAAAAUUAAAUGCAUGGAAACAAAUUCAAGAAGGUGGUAAACCAUAUUCAUGUUCUGUAUGUUCGGAAUUAUUCUCUAAUGAAAAUUUAAUGCGUGAACAUUUUGUUUCGUCUACUCAUGCUGAUAUUAUCAAACAAAGAAAUAAUUUAGAGAAGAUUAUGAAAAUUUAUGAAACAUAUAAUAAACUUAAACAAAUGCGAAAACAAUCAAAAGAAGUAGAUUCUACCGAUGAUACUGAUAUUGUAAAUAAAUUUCAGUCGUUAAAUGUUAUUGAUGCUACUACACCAGCGACAAAAUCACGAACAAACUUUACUAUUAAUCUUGAUGCAUUCAAGGAAGUAAUGGAAAAGGUUGCUUAUGAUGAUGAUGAUUGUUAA